UGUAGAGAGAGAGAGAGAGAGAGAGAGAAAGAGAGAGCGAGAGAGUUCGCCUGUCAAAGAAGAAUCGACCAGCGUCUUAUUCGGAGAUACGCAUUUCUCGUGUCGGAAAAAAAAUCCACAGAUAUAUUCCCCUCCAUUUUCCGAACACAGGGGAGAGAGAUGGAACAGAAACACAUUCUGCUGUCGGCAUUGAGCGUGGGGGUCGGGGUUGGGGUAGGGCUGAGCAAAUGGGCGGGGUAUAAUAGCUCCUCCUCCGCGGAGGGCGUUACGGCUGAGCAGAUUGAGGCCGAGAUUUCGAGACUCGUCGUGGACGGGAAAGAAAGCAAGGUCACGUUUGAUGAGUUCCCUUACCUCAGUGAGCGAACACGGGUGUUAUUGACCAGUGCUGCAUAUGUUCAUUUGAAGCACCUCGACGUUUCCAAAUACACCAGAAAUCUUUCACCGGCAAGUAGGGCAAUAUUGCUCUCAGGGCCUGCUGAACUUUACCAGCAAGUGCUUGCGAAAGCUCUUGCACAUCACUUUAAAGCGAAGUUGUUAUUGCUAGAUGUUAACGACUUUUCUCAAAAGAUGCAGAGCAAGUAUGGGAGUGCCAAAAAAGAUCCCGCUUUCAAGAGGUCCAUCUCAGAGGUUACCUUGGGGCGAAUGUCCAGUUUGCUUAGCUCCAUCUCAAUCCUUCCUCCAAGGGACGGUGCCAGAGGAAAAUUAAGCAGACGAGGUAGUGGCUUGGAUGUAAGAUCAAGGGCUAUAGAAGAUGCUGAUGACCCUCCAACACAUCGUAGACAUGCAUCUACGGCUUCUGACAUGAGCAGCAUCAGUUCUCAGUGCUCUUCUUGUAAUACAGCUCCUCUCAAGCGCAUGACCAGCUGGUCUUUUGAUGAGAAACUCUUCUUACAGUCGCUUUUCAAGGUUUUGGUUGCCGUCUCCGAAACCAGUUCCAUCAUUCUGUACAUAAGGGAUGUGGAGAGUCUUCUUCUCCAAUCCCAGAGGCUAUACCAAUUGUUUGAAAGGAUGUUAAAGAAACUAUCUGGAUCAAUUUUAAUUCUUGGCUCCCGGAUGUUGGACCCAGAAAAUGACUGUGGGGAAGUGGACGAAAGACUUGGUCUUUUAUUUCCCUAUAACAUUGAGAUAAAGCCGCCUGAAGAUGAGACUCAUCUUGUUAGCUGGAAAGCCCAACUGGAAGAGGAUAUGAAGUCGAUGCAGUUUCGGGAUAAUAAAAAUCACAUUGCCGAGGUACUUUCGGCAAAUGAUCUUGAAUGUGAUGAUCUAGGUUCAAUCUGCCAUGCGGACACUAUGGUUCUCAGUAAUUACAUAGAAGAGAUUGUAGUUUCGGCAAUAUCUUACCAUUUGAUGAAUAACAAGGAUCCAGAUUACCGAAAUGGGAAGCUUGUUAUAUCGUCUGAGAGUUUGUCCCAUGGAUUGAGUAUCUUCCAGGAUGGAAAGAUGUGUGGGAAAGAAACACUCAAACUAGAGACAAACGGUGAAUCUUCCAAGAAUGCUGAGGGGGAAGAGAUAGUUGGAUCAAAGUCUGAUGCAAAGUCAGAGACCCUAACAUCUGAAAACAAAAGUGAGACAGAGAAACCAGUUCCUUCUGCAAAGAAAGACGGGGAGAGUCAAACUCCAUCUAAAGCGCCGGAAGUCCCUCCCGACAAUGAAUUCGAAAAACGCAUAAGGCCAGAGGUAAUUCCUUCAAACGAGAUCGGAGUAACAUUCGCUGAUAUUGGUGCCAUGGACGAGAUCAAAGAAUCACUUCAGGAGCUGGUCAUGCUCCCUCUUCGACGACCAGACCUCUUCAAAGGUGGCCUUCUUAAGCCCUGUAGAGGCAUACUACUUUUCGGUCCACCUGGCACUGGGAAAACAAUGUUGGCAAAGGCCAUUGCAAAUGAAGCAGGAGCAAGCUUCAUCAACGUCUCAAUGUCAACCAUCACGUCAAAAUGGUUUGGAGAAGAUGAAAAGAAUGUCCGAGCAUUAUUCACUCUUGCGGCAAAAGUUUCUCCCACUAUUAUUUUUGUAGAUGAGGUUGAUAGCAUGUUAGGGCAGCGGACAAGAGUCGGGGAGCACGAGGCUAUGCGGAAGAUUAAGAAUGAGUUCAUGUCACAUUGGGAUGGGCUAUUAACAAAACCGGGUGAGCGCAUUCUUGUUCUUGCUGCGACCAAUAGGCCGUUUGACCUUGAUGAAGCGAUUAUUCGGCGAUUUGAGCGCAGAAUUAUGGUAGGUCUGCCAUCUGUGGAGAGCAGGGAAAUGAUCUUGAAAACUCUUUUGGGGAAGGAAAAAGUUGAAAAUCUAGACUUUAAGGAGCUUGCAAGCAUGACAGAAGGAUUUAGUGGAAGUGAUCUAAAGAAUUUGUGCAUCACAGCAGCAUAUCGACCUGUUAGGGAGCUAAUACAACAGGAGAGACUAAAGGAUCUGAAAAAGAAGCAACUGGUUUGGAUCACUCUUAACUAACAGAAGCAAACCAAACAAGCAAUUCAUAACAAAGAAUAGGCAUACGAAGUUCUACAGUACAAACAUAUACUGCCGGCCACCAUCUGAAACCACUCCCCACCCCCCUCCCAAAAAAAAAUAAAAAUACACAUAAUAUCUCUCUCUGGAAAACUAAAUUCCAAACACAUGAUAUAAAACAGAAUUAAGCAUACAAGGAUCGAUCAUUUGCACUUGAUGUUCUCGAGCAUUUUUGUGGUGGUGUUAAGAUCCAUAGUGCAAUUCAUGUUCACAGCCUUCUUCUUCUUGAAAAUCAGCAUCAGCUCCACCUUUCCGGUCAACUUCGCUUGGCUUGUCAGAGGCACCAUCCCAGAACUAAUAUGAUCACUUGCCACCUUUGUGUUUGAAUUUCCAGCCACUGCAACGGUGAACUUCUUGGUUCUACGGAAUUGGGCUUUUGAUUUUGGAAUCGCAGCUCUCCCAACCUCACUAUCACCGUAGUAAAAGGUAACAGUUGUGCUGUUGUCAUAUUUGUAGGGUCCGAAAUUGGUGUUCUUGAUCCCAAACGUAACGUUGCCAUUCAAGUUAAAGGAAGCGUCCGCCGUCGGAAUUUCAAAGGUGCUGGAGGAUCUGACCCGGAAUUUGGGAUUUCGGACCUUCAUAACUGUCAUGGAGAAAAGAGCUAUGACUGCUGACUGAAAAAUGAUGAAGGCUAUACCGUAGAUGAUCCACUUCUUGUACUUUUGGCGGCGGAGUUCUUUGGCUUGUGUGGCCGUGGCUUCUUCGUCGCUCCGGUUGUAGCCGUUGGUUGUUGGUGGGUGGUAGGCCUGCUGGUCCUUAGUUGCCAUCUUGCCAAAUUUAGAGAGAGAGAGAGA